CCGUGAUCGCGGGAAAGUAUUUUGAUAGUUAUUUAAAAGGAGGUUUAGAAAUUGCAAAAGAAAACUGGGAAACGAAACGAGUUCGUACAGUUAGUUCUUCAAUAUGACGUUUAUGGACAUAUUAUACUGGCGAGAUCCAAAGAAAACAGGCCCUAUAUUCGUGGCGUGCCUCCUGUUAUUGUACGGUUUUCAUCACUUCAGCGUGGUCACUGUUGUCACAUAUCUCCUCAAAAUAUCGCUUCUACCAACAUUACUGUUUCGUCUGGUCAUCAGCCUUAAAGCUGCCCUAACAAAGACAGAAUGCGAACAUCCAUUCAAGGAUGCAUUGGAUUCAAAUAUCGAGUCUUUAGUUGGCAUGAGUUUGCCUAAGUUUGUGAAGGUCAUGCUACAGGAAUGCCGUCGAAUACUAUUGGUCGAAGAUGUAGUUGACACUGUAAAGGUUCUGGCGAUAGUGCAUGUGGUUUCCUAUCUCGGAGAAUGGUUUAGUGGGAUUACGUUGUUGUUUUUAGGUCUCGUAGCAUUGUUCACAAUUCCGAAGUUUUACGACGUUUACAAACAUGAAAUACAUAACAUGACAGACAAAGUGUCUAAAGUAAUGGAAGACGUGAAGACAAGGAUCUUAGCUUUCAUUCCAACAAAAAGUAAAUCCUCCGCAUCAAAGAAAGGGUUCAAAGAGCCGAAAAAUGUAGAAGAGAUUAGCCCUGCCUUGGAGAAAGAUUCUGACGAGGAGCAAAAAGAAAAGAUGUCGUGAUUUUACGAAUGCUUGUAUCUGUGAAUAGUUCCUUAUCGAUUAUUUUCAAGAUAAAAGAUUUAUUAUACAGUUAAACUUCUUUUCAAAAUACUAUGUGUAUGACAUAUACGACACAUUGUCAUUAAUACUUAUAUAUAUAUGAUAUUUAGCAAAUGGCGAGAAUAUGAAAUCUAGUCUCUAGUGUAUCGAGACAAUUGUUUUAAAGGAUAGAGAGAAAUCCAGUUAUCGCUCCUUCAUAGGUAUGCUCAUGUCAGCCUUGUCUGUACGACUUUUUCAGCUUGCAAUUCCUAUACGAGAAGAUGCAUAGGUAUUGAAGCUAUGAUGAAACCUAUGAUGAAACUGAGGUUUAUCUUACAUGAAAGCUUAUCUGGUAACAAGCGAGUUGAUUGAGCGUCAAUGACAUAAUCAUUAUACAAGCAGAAAGUUAGGAAUAUAUGGCAUUACGCGGAUAUAUCACGUAGUAAUUUUAUCACGUGUUAAGUUGUGUUCAAAUUUUGAAACUUUGGUGGGCAAAAAUGAUUUCAUUGUUUUGGUGAAAUUAAGCGCGUGGUGAUAAUGAGUUUUGUCUGUUUUGAAACCAUUUGUCGCCAUUAUUUGGAGGUUUUAUCAAAUGCUUACAAUUUGGUGGGAAAUUGCCUAAUGGAUUGUUUUUUAAAGUAAUUCAACUUUAUAGCUAAGUAUUGACUAUCAAUACUCUUGACUUUUUGACAUGAUUUUUAAAAUUACAGUGACAUUGAUUGUUUUCCUUAUGCCUUGGCCCUCAGCUUCGUUUGUAUUUUAAUUGACUUAAAUAUCUAAGUUAUUCGAAAUUUUUCGGCAUUAGUAUCUAUGAUCCUUAGCAAUAUUAAGCAAUUAAUAAGUAUCCGGCACAUGCACAGCUCCGCAGCUAUACUCUUAUAUAACUGCUUGAGAUAUCCGUCACCUUAACCACAAAAUGUUAGAUGUACGUAUUUAUAGAUUUUAUAUGUUUUCCUGCUUGUCCUGGGAGUAUGAUAUCUAUAUAGAUAACAUGAAAUCGAUGCAUGUGUACCAAUGCCGCAUAAUUUGUUUGUUGAUUAUUGUUAGACACGGUGUUAGUCUCUUCUGGGCAUAGAACGUUACCAUUCGUGGGUGAUAAACUCGAUCUAUUAUACUCAUGCCAAAGCACCUUCCAGCGCAUAGCAAGUAAUUUACGUCAUACAAUUACACAUUUGACAAUAGCCGGAUGUCUAAGAGCAUUGCAAGAAAAUGUCGGAAAUGGUAGUAUUGAAAUUUUAGCAGGGGA